UGCAUGGCUAUGAUUCUAUGAACAAUCACUGCUGAUGCAGCUGAUGAGAACUGACGAACAAGUCAUGAGCCAGGCCCCAUUCCCCUGCCCUUCCCAUUAAAUUCCAUUUAUUUCAACAACUUUCUCGCGCGCAAGAUAAAAAACACGCACGAAAACACAGACAAGACACUUGAUCGUUCUCCUUCUGCAAUCACAACAAUGAGCUGGUGGUGGUCUGGUGCAAUUGGCGCUGCAAAGAAAAAAUCUGACAACAGAGAUUCACCACCGCGGUACCAGAGUGUGGCUCUAAUCAUCGGCGUGACUGGCAUCAUCGGCAACAGCCUGACCGAGAUCCUGCCACACUCUGACACCCCUGGUGGACCAUGGAAGGUCUACGGCGUAGCCCGCCGCCCCCGCCCCGCUUGGUCCGACGACUACCCCAUCGAGUACAUCCAGUGUGACAUCUUGGACGCCCAAGAAGCCCAGACGAAGCUAUCCAAACUCACGGACGUCACGCACAUUUUCUACGUGGCUUGGGCUAACAUGCAAGACGAAGCCGACAACUGUAAGGUGAAUGCUGACAUGUUGCGCAACGUUCUCAAUACUAUCAUCCCAAAGGCGCCAAAUUUGCAGCAUAUUUGCUUGCAAACCGGUCGGAAACACUAUGUCGUCGCGCCAGAGUUGUUUGAAAUAGUUAAGCCCCAUGAACCUCCAUUCCAUGAGGAUCUUCCAAGAUUGAAUGUACCCCAUUUUUACUAUUCGCUGGAAGAUGUUUUGUUUGAGCAGGUGGCGAAGGAGGAGCGUUUGACCUGGUCAGUGCAUAGGCCAGGAGUGAUAUUUGGGUUUUCGCCGCAUAGUUUGACGAACAUUGUUGGGAGUUUAUGCGUAUAUGCAGCGAUAUGCAAGCAUGAGGGCGAGCAAUUGAGGUUUCCGGGUAGUCUUGCGGCGUGGGAGGGGUAUUGGGAUGCUUCUGAUGCAGAUAUGGUAGCUGAACAUCAGAUAUGGGCAGCCGUGGAUUCUAAUGCGAAGAAUGAGUCGUUUAAUUGUAGCAAUGGAGAUUUGUUCAAGUGGAAGCACUUCUGGAAUGUUUUGGCCGAACGGUUUGGAGUGGAGUGUGGAAAAUUUGACGAGAACUCCAAUUUGAGCUUGCAGGAGAUGAUGAAGAAUAAGGGUCCCGUAUGGGAGGAGAUAGUGAGAGAAAAGGGUUUGGUGCCAACAAAAUUGGAACAAGUCGGGACUUGGUGGUUUGUGGAUGAGGUUCUUGCGGCUGAGUCGUUUUUGGACAGCAUGAACAAGAGCAAAGAGUAUGGUUUUGUGGGGUUCAGGAACUCAAAAACUUCAUUCAAUUAUUGGAUUGAUAAGAUGAGAGCUCACAGAAUUGUUCCUUAGACGACGAGGACUACGGAUUUGUUCUUUGUUAAUUAGAAUUUUUAACUUGUUGCUUCUUUUUUCAAUUAUGAAUGAAGGAUAGGUGAAUAAAAAGCUCCAGCUUUGUAAAAACACUUGUAUUCUUUUCUUCUUACUUCGUUUUUUGUUUGGUUGUUCGUAAUCUUCAACUCUGUUGUAAAUGUAAUUCUUGUUUUUAAAUAAAGCCUCGUUCACUUUC